UCUGGAGAAUGCUGACUUUUCCUUUUCUCUCUUUGCCUUUUGUUUCUUCUUCUCUCUUCUCUCUUCUCUCUUCUCUCUUCUCUCUUUUUUCUUCCCACACAUACUUCCUUCCUCCUUCACUCCCUUCCUCCGCUAUUCACAUACUCCUUUCCUCCUUCACUAUUCACAUACUCUUUUCUUUCACUAUUUCUCACCACCUACUUUCAUCUGCAUACAAACCCACACACAUGCUCUCUCUUCGACGUGCUCUCCUGGCGCUGAGCAUAGCGAUCCCAUGUUUGAGCUCCAUACACGCCCAGGAAGCGCCUACACCAGUUGGUGCGAUGGCCUUCGCUCGAGUUGGCAACUACUUUUUCGUUCAUAGUGGCUCGACAUACAACGAUGACUUGGUUCAGCAAUUUUACGCACUCGACUUGACAAAAACAUGGCCAGCAAACCAGCCCAUCUGGAUUUCUUUACCACCUGGUCCAUACAAUGGUUACCAUACUGCAGGCUAUUCUUCUGACAAUAAGACCUUCUUUACGUUUGGACAGGAUACAGGGGCAUCUGCUAAAAUGCUACCAGGUUACUGGCUCUUUAGCUAUGAUAUCGCCACUAAGACCUGGACUUCCAACAAUCCAAAAGAACUCGGAGAUCCCUCACGCCGCGAUAUAUUUGCUGUAACCAACCCAUCCAGCAAUCAAAUCUAUAUUAUUGGAGGCGAUGCUGGUCUUGCAGGGGAGGAGCAUUCGAAUGCCUUUAAUACAUAUGAUGUCUCGACAGGAAAGUUAACAGAGAUAAUGACACCAUCCACAGGCCCACAAAACGCAUACACAUAUGCAGCUGUAUGGGUAUCCCAUCUCUCAUUGAUGAUGAUGGUUGGAGGUCAGAUUGGCUCUGCUCUUUCACAAACUCUGUGGAUGUACAAUCCAAAGACAGGAGGAUGGUCAACACAGAGCUCAACUGGACCAUUCGACCAUCAGCGUUUCUCACAUUGUGCUGCAAGCAAUGCUGACGGCAGUCUAGUUGCUGUUUUUGGCGGGUAUCUUGGAAAGAAUGCAAAGGUUGGUGAUCCGAAUGCGUACAUCCUCAACACUGCAACUUGGACUUGGACAACAGUCCCGUACAGCGGCCGAGGACGAGGUUUGUGUGCAUGCACAAUCGUUGACGAUACGUUUAUUGUCUGGGGAGGCUUUUAUGACAAUCCCAGCAGUCCCAACGGCCUUCCCUCUGCUGCCGAAUCAACACUCUUGCUGAGUUUGUCGACACAAAAGUGGCUCUCAACUUACACUCCUUCGCCUGCUCUGGCCCAGAGCAGCUCCAAUCCUCCUCCUUGGGGAAAUGGCGGUAAUGGGGACAGUAACCCCAAUAACUCAACUGAUGGAAAUAAGAAUAAAUCGACCGACGACGCAAAGGGCGGUUUCCCAGCAGGAGCUAUUGGUGGCAUUGCUGCAGCAGCAGUAAUCAUUUUAAUCGUAGGUGCCUUCCUCUUCCACCGACGCAACAAAAAGAAGCAACAUGGCAGGAAAUCGAACGUCCCUGACUAUGAGUUCACCAAGGCAGAGGAGGGUGAGGGAUCCACAAGAGGAAAACCAUCGCUUGAUGGACCUCCUCAAAGACCUGCGCCACCACCUGGAAAUCUGUCACCAGCUCUUUAUGACUUUGAUUCGCCUCCAGCUAAUAAUCUAGAGGUUCGGUUGAGCCAGCAGCAGCAAUUGUUGCAGCAGCAACAACAGCUCAUUCAACUACAGGAGCAGCAAUUGUAUCUUCAACAGCUGCAAGAGCAAUUUCGACACUCGCCAGAGGAGGCUUACGCCGCUCAGCAACAAUAUCUACACUCAAUCCAAACAUCUCCUCAGCUAUCACAUAUGUCAGAAGCUCGUCCUAGUGUUGAGGGCGGUUACAACAGUGGAUAUUCAAGCUAUUCGACCCCUUCAGCAGUGCCGCUCUUGUCAGUGCAAGAUCCUAGUUCGGUUCAGGGAAGUAUUUCGCCAUACCAGCAACAGCCUCAACUAAGUCCUGUAUUUUCGGAUGCCAGCAAUGUGUAUUACCCACCACCACCACUGCCAUUGAAUCAACAACAACAGCAGAGCUAUUCCCCUAGCCAGUUAGGUCAGACCUACCCCUACAAAGUGCCAGCGGACGGGUCUGCGCUUGUUCAGCCCAACAGUCCUACCAGAAGCGAUUACCAUGACACAUUUGGUAUGAAGCACAUGUCGAUCAUCUCGGAUAGUUCAAGCACGAAAAAUAGGCGGGUGAGUGCACCUCAAGGCGCCUAUGUCGUUCCCUCCUCUCCUGGCCUGGAUGGCAAUGUUCCCCACACCAUCCCAGAGUGAGGGGGAGUCCUUUUAUUUCAUAAUUUUUUAAUUUUGCAUAAUCAUUUAGCAAUAUUCAUUACAUAAUGCGAUUAGGUGUAGACCAUAUCCUUUUAAACAAACCUGUACAGUUUUCUAUGAUCCCAUUCCUUUCGUGGUCCU